AUGAAUAAGUUUUUAAUUAAUUUUGCUAGGAUAACUAAAUAUUAACCAAGAUUUUCAUUCAGCAAAGCAUUUAAAGACAAAGAUAAAGGUGAUGAAAAAGCAUUUUUUACAAAAGAAGAUUGUAAUUUUUCUUAGUAUUUAUUUGAUUAGAAAAAUUGAUGUCCCAAUUAAUUAAGAAAAUGAAAGAUGCAAGUGAGCAUCCACCAUAAUCUGCAAAUAAUCAUCAUGAUGAUAAAGAAGAAUUAUAAGUAUGAUAGAGUUAUAUUAGUAGAAAAUAUUUAAUAGAUAUAAAGUCACAUAUACAGAUGCCUUAAUUGAAGAGAUUAUUAAUUGGAAGAAAUCAGAUUGAGAUUAAUAUAAAUCAAUACAAGUUCU